AUGGAUUUUUUCCACACCACUAGGAAGGACAGCGCCUCCUUCCUACUGCCUGAUGGCAGCACCUCAUUCACCUAUUUUCAGGGACAGCACAGCGAGGUGGCUUUGAUGCGUCUAAAGGAGACGUCUCUCAGCAUGGAGGCUCUACUCCUGCUGCUGAUGGUAGUCCUGGAUACCCAUCAUGUUGAAGCAAGUGAUCCCUGUACUGACUACACUGUGCUUGAUGACAACUGGAGGGCCACCACCAACCUGGACACGUCAGCGCCCAGAUGUGACUGGCAGCUGGCCCAUAUGUCCUGGCAAGGCUGGUACCGGAUGGUCCACCAGGGGCUGAGCCUGCGCAUGCCCGAGACCUGCGUCCCUCCUCACCGCUGUGGCACCAGAGGCCCCCUGUGGCUGAAUGGCCCACACCCUCUCCCAGAGGAUGGCAUCGUCACCAGGGAGGUGUGCGGAUCGUGGAAUGGUAAUUGUUGCUCUAAGCGAGUCCCAUCCAUCCGUGUGAAGGCCUGCCCAGGAGACUACAUAGUUUACGAACUGGUGUCGCCACCGAACUGCUUUGGAUAUUGUACAGUUGGUCUGGAUACCCAUCAAGUUGAAGCAAGUGAUCCCUGUACCAACUACAAUGUGCGGGAUGACAACUGGAGGGCCACCACCAACCUGGACACGUCAGCGCCCAGAUGUGACUGGCAGCUGGCCCAUAUGUCCUGGCAAGGCUGGUACCGGAUGGUCCACCAGGGGCUGAGCCUGCGCAUGCCCGAGACCUGCGUCCCUCCUCACCGCUGUGGCACCAACGGCCCCCUGUGGCUGAAUGGCGCACACCCUCUCCCAGAGGAUGGCAUCGUCACCAGGGAGGUGUGCGGAUCGUGGAAUGGCAAUUGUUGCGACAUUCGACUCCCUUCCAUCCGUGUGAAGGCCUGCCCAGGAGACUACAUAGUUUACGAACUGGUGUCGCCACCGAACUGCUAUGGAUAUUGUACAGAGACCAAAAUAUUUCAACAGAGGAUGAAGUUGAAGAUGGUCUUGGAGAGAGAGCCCUCCCCUGCUGAGAUAGCCCAGUUCACCUUACAGAUCAGGGAGAAGCUGAUUCAGAUGGGCUACCCGAAUGACACCACGGUCAGGAUGGUGUGACUCUGACCCAACAGAAGAGACGAUUCAUCUCCUGCUCCAGAGGAAGGAGGAAGGACCCCUGAGAGAGGGCCAUCAGAAUGCCUGUUUAAUUUCACGGCCCAUGAUAACCAUUGUUCAUUUCUUAUUCACACACUUAAAUUGCAACAAGGAUACUUACUUUCAGAAUGUAGAGAAUGUGAAUGCACAAUUGAGGAAACAUCUCUGUGUCUCAUUUACUUCCUUAUAAGUGAAUAGAAUAAUUUAUAAUUUAUAUUUGACGCACAUGUAAUAUCAUUGGCAUUUAGUGUAUAAGUUAACCAUUUAUCUUGCCUUUAUUAUAGAAUAGCACACAACUGAG